AUGACUUUAUCUGGAUUUUUGUUUUUUGUUCUGGCUUUAUUCUGUUUCUGUACUGUCUACAGCAGGCUGACAGUUGCCAAGCUGCAUAACAUGGACAGCUUCAUUCAAGCUGUGCAGCAGGUUGAAGACACCAACCCUGGCCUGUCCCCUCUGGAGUUGGUCAGGGCCCUGCGGAGGACCGCCGGCCACGACGAUAUGAUGACUAUCCACUUCUUGGGGGCAUCAUAUAAUCUCACCAAGACAGCCAUUCUCACUGCCUCAUCCUUCAGAUUUUUUGACAAGGCCAUCCACCACAUUGUGACUGACAGUGGAGAGGAGCGAGGGGUGGUUCUUGCUCCAGAUGGCACCACAGUAGCCCUUGCGCCUUUGCUGCUAGGAAUCGAAUCAGGACUGAAAGUGAAGCUGAAGGGGACACCAGCUGUUGGGAUCUUCCCUCUCACCUUAGGCAGGACACUGGGACUGUCUUUCCUCAGUCUCCAGGACUUCCCGCCAUCUUAUCGCCUGGGACCUAACGGGUGCUGGGACAGUGUGGCCCACCCUAAGAUGUUCAAGCUGUCUCGGUCUGCCACACUGGCUACUGAUGCUGUUAUUAACGGAGGCAUGGAUGGACUCAUACUGGGCACGGACCUCAGCAACCUACCUGCAUCUAAACAGCCGCUGGCCCUCAGUGAGAUACUGAGAGGGUACUACAAUUUUAUUCUGCAUGAGGGGCAGGGCCUUGAUGAUGUGACCAGCCACAUCAGCCCGAGGCGAAGGGAGCUCUCUAGAGCCAUUCUGAAGCCACUUGAUCUUCACAGCCAGGUGAUGGAGACACUUGCAUUGGUCUGGAAGUUGGAGAAUACAGAAUGGAUUGCACUUGACACUGGAGUGGGGAAGGCAGUGAAGGAUGGAUUAGAUGCAUUUGUGCACAAGUACUGGGAUUGUCCUCACAUAAUCCCUCGCUGUCAGUGGGGGGCAAAAGCCCACCGGGGUACGCCUAUCCCGCUGUUUCUGCCCCUCCAGUUCCUGUAUGUUCACCACACCUAUGAGCCAUCUUUGCCCUGUUUAUCCUUCCAAAAGUGCUCUCACAACAUGAGAGCCAUGCAACGUUUCCACCAGGAUGACCGUGGUUGGAGUGACAUAGGAUACAGCUUUGUAGUGGGCUCUGACGGCUACGUCUAUGAAGGCAGAGGUUGGAAACACCGGGGCAGACACACCAGAGGGCACAAUGACAUUGGGUAUGGUGUGUCCAUCAUCGGUAACUACAAUGCCACCCUGCCAUCUCGCCAUGCGAUGGACCUGUUGCGCCAUCGUCUAACCCGAUGUGCAGUAGAUGGAGGAGGACUGGCUGCCAACUUUACCAUCCAAGGCCACAGGCAGGGGGGGGAACCGGAGAUGCCUUCUUUUCAGAAAUAA